UCCUCUUUAUAUCCACCACCUGGCCUCCCCUCGCCCCCUCACGCCGCGACCGAACGGAACCUCGCUCAAAGGCUCGCGAAUCCAUCACCUCACCGAUUGUCACCUUCCAACUUUCCGGGCGCCAUGGGCAGGAGGCCAGCGCGGUGCUACCGUCAGAUCAAGAACAAGCCGUACCCCAAGUCCCGGUACUGCCGCGGCGUGCCGGACCCCAAGAUCCGGAUCUUCGACGUGGGGCAGAAGAAGCGCGGCGUGGACGAGUUCCCGCUGUGCGUGCACCUGGUGAGCUGGGAGAAGGAGAACGUGUCGAGCGAGGCCCUGGAGGCGGCCCGGAUCGCGUGCAACAAGUACAUGGCCAAGCACGCCGGCAAGGACGCGUUCCACCUCCGCGUGCGCGCGCACCCCUUCCACGUCCUCCGCAUCAACAAGAUGCUCUCCUGCGCCGGCGCCGACCGCCUGCAGACCGGCAUGCGCGGCGCCUUCGGCAAGCCCACGGGCACCUGCGCCCGGGUCCGCAUCGGCCAGGUCCUGCUCUCCGUGCGCUGCCGCGACGCGCACGCGCCGCAGGCGCACGAGGCGCUGCGCAGGGCCAAGUUCAAGUUCCCCGGCCGCCAGCGGAUCAUCACCAGCGGCAAGUGGGGGUUCACCACCUUCUCGCGCGCCGAGUACCUGGACCUCAAGCGCGAGGGGCGCGUCGUGCCCGACGGGUCCAACGCCAAGCUGCUCACCUGGCACGGGUCGCUCGCUGAUCGGAAGCCCGGCAGGGCGGUGUACCCACCCUCCGUUGCAGGCUCUGCUUGCUAGCCUGCUACUGCUUCACUGCUGUCACUUCAGUUCACCAUUGCCAGUGCCAGCCUCCGACCUCUUCAGCCCUUUUUGUGAGGACUGAUGAGGACAUUGCAGGGCCACAUCUCAUUUGUAAUCGUAUACAAAAAGAGCUACUACUACUCAAUAAAAAUGCACGCCUAGGCGUGGCGUGUGUACACGUUUACCUCUGGACGGUACGAUAUAUCGAUCUUACGAUGAUUGCAACGCCAUGGUUACGCUUAUUUGUGUACUGUACUGCUGUGUGUACACCAGCUGGAGCUGUCCAGGCCGGCUUGGCUUGCUUGUCUGUUGCUGCUCUGGAAUAGUAUGUUGUAAACUAGUACUAUGUUUUGUCAGUAAAUAAGAAAGGUGAAUUCGUUUUUAGGGUGCACGCCCGGGCUA